CAUCUGUCGCCCGCCUCUAUUUGAGUCUUGUAAGACCCGAAAACCUGAAUUGACCCUGGGUUGCAACUCCCUGUAGCUGAAAUGACUCCGGCUGUUGUGCAUCCAGCGCGAUCGAAUCAUCUUGGAUGGCUAGACCUUCUCACUCUCCACUUUCUCUCCUCUUGCUUUCACCUCACUCGGUGGGACUUCGAAACAAUAAUAAUAAUCACCAGCCUUUGCACACUCUAUCUGAUAUCUACAUGCUACUCAUUAAUAGACCAGGCUUGGCCCAGCUUGGCAAUCCCCCACAUGGCGGGCUCGUCCCGCGGAAUGGCCUCGGCGUUGACAGCCUGAGAAGAAAUGAGCACAUUUCUCUCCCCGGCCGGGAUUGGCCGUUGAGCAUCUACAGCUAUGCAGGGUCUCUCUCAGCUGUACUUUGGUACUACUACUCUACGACUAGCACUAGCAGACUACCGGGUCCCUUGAACCCAGACCCUUCUGCAUGCGUAGUAUCCACCCUCCCUCCUGUACCUUCAUCUCCCACCAUACAAACCCUCUCAUAACCACACCAACAACAACAACAACAACAACAACAUAUAAACCCACCACCAACCCCCUGUGUCACCUCUCUCCAGCAAUCUUCCAUUCCAAUCCACUCUUC